GACAGUGAGCAGAACGUCAUAUAUUUAACCAGAAACUUGCCAUUAGAAUUUACAGACUCUGUCCAGAAUGCUGCACAUCAUCCAAUUGACGCUGGCGCUUGGUUGGCUGACCUCAAGCGUGGUGCUGGGCGCACCCGUCGAUGUCAUUUACACCGGAGAGGGCUGUGCCUGUCCCACCCAGUUGGGUUAUCAACUGAAUGUGCCACAGCCACCGAAGCCCAAGAAGUAUGUGGGUGGAGAGUACGGCUAUCGGGUCGAUAAACCAGUGCAGGCCAAGGCCAAGAUAUCCUACAGUUUCGAUUUCACCGUCGAAGAGCCACGCACGCCGGCACCACCGAAAUACAAGCCCUCGAAACUCUAUGCCAAGGUGGAUCGCAUGACGGUGAACAAACCAGAUUGUCCAGCACCACACGAGCCCAGCUGCCCAUGCGGCAAUUGCGCCAAGCCUAGGUACGUAGAUCAGAAACCCCAGCCCGAGGGCACUAAACGCCCGUUCACGUGUAAAUGCCAGAAACCACAGUGUAAUUGCGGCGGGCGAACAUUGUUGGCACGCCUCACAUUUGUGCCGCUAGAAGGCUCGGGUGCAGGUCGAAUUUUGUCCACCAGCACAAACAGUCCCGUGGGCAGCGCCUCAAAUGCGAUCUCGCGUAGCAAACGUGACCUGCACUCACGGCCCGGCGAAGGUCGGUUCCUGCGCAAACGUCUUCUGCGGCAGCAAAUGCACCAGGAGCGUCCCGCUCGCUAUGUUAAGCAAUACCACAAAGAUCUGGCUGCCCAGAAGAAGCUGGGUCUAUUUGGUUUGGCGUCGCCUGCGGAGUCACACCCCAAGCGUAAGACCAAAAAGGUGGCCAGCUCGAGUUCACAUACCAAUUCCGGAAGUAGUUCCAAUGGCCGCUCCCGCCCCCUGGCCCGCUGGCUGCAGCCCAGCCGAAGACUGAGCAAGCGCGACAUUAAGGGUGAGUACGAUCUGCUGGAGCGCGAGCGUGCCAACAUAGAUCUGACGGCCCCAGAGAUCAUACAAUUUAUGCCGGAGACGCUGGAUCCGAAUUUUAAGCGUGGCCAAUGCCAUGUCGGCUGCGGGGUCAUUGAGGCUUCUGCCCCGCCCACCGAGACUGAAGCGCAGCAGAGUGACGAACAACCAGCGACCAGGGAACCAAACACAGAAACGGAAGCGAAUACGGAGUCGGAACCCACACCGCCACCACCCGCCAACUCCAUACCAGCGAAGCGGGCGGCCCAAGACUACGAACCGACCAUCUAUGCUGCUCAGGACUAUGUCAACGAUGAGGGAAAUUACAGAUAUGUGACCGAUGCACAGUUACGAACGCUACUCUCGACCACAUCGGUGCCAGAUCCAUUGGAACAGAGUGGUGCCCCACUGCAGUUUGCUGGAGAUCUCGAGGCCCCGCAGAUAUGGUCGACUGCGGUAGCGACGCCGUCUCUCUUGAGCUCCAACUAUCAGAGUGGUCUGGGUGUGGGGGUUGGGGCGUCAGUCGGAGGUCGCGGCUAUCCGGUGGAGCAUGUGACUAAUUCACAGCUAGAUCGAAUUAUCUCAGGCAUUAUGUAUAAACAUCCCGACUUUGUGGACGCUUCGGCACAUUAUGGCGGCACACUUGUCGAGCCCGAGCCUCUGCAAAAGAAACAGACCACGGACUUUCUCAGGAAACUGAUUGAUGGUCGUCUAGGCGGUUGGGGUUUUGGCAGCGAACCCGAUAGCUCCAAUCCUGCCGACUACAUUAAAUCGCCAUCGAAGACCUAUGGCUUUAACAGUCAAAUCCAAAAUGGUUACAAUGUGGACACUUACAGUUCGCCACCCAUAACCGACUUUUUGCGCGCCUGGUUCUAAAGUUUCUAUAGCUUGCCAGAGGUGUCUUGGCGAGAUCUGUAAAAUACACUCACACACACACACACACACCCACACACACACACACAAACGCAACCCUACACUCAUACACACAAUCACACACCUAGA